ACUUGCUCAUCCACUUGCUUCAUCCUCAUUUUUUUCUUCUCAAAUCACUCAAAGAAACACCAUUUUUAAUCCAACUUGACCUCUAAAAAAUCCCUAACCCUUCUCUCUUUCCCUCUUCAUAUAUCCCUUCCUUCAUCAGAAUCACGAAACAAACGAAAACUGAAAGCAAAAACACAACAAGAACAAACAAAAGAAUAUGCCUUCUUCGUUACAAGUUCAUAGAAGCAUUAACGCCACUGCAGCGCCACCGCAGAAACAAACAUCCCACAAAUGUUGUGAUUUUGAGGUGCCUGAGACGCUGCCGCGUUACCAUAACCACACGGUAGGGCCGAACCAGUGCUGUUCGUACGCCGUCCAGAUGAUAAAUGCGUCGGUGUCGACGGUUUGGUCCGUGGUGAGGCGUUUCGAUAAUCCUCAAGCGUACAAGCACUUCGUCAAGAGCUGCCACGUCAUUGUUGGCGACGGUCACGUGGGGACUCUGCGUGAGGUCCACGUGGUUUCCGGACUCCCCGCCGCCAACAGCACGGAGAGGCUCGAGAUUCUCGACGAUGAACAUCACGUUUUGAGCUUCAGUGUGAUCGGUGGCGAACACAGGCUCGACAACUACUGUUCCGUCACAACGCUACAUCCUUCCCCUUGUGGGACGGGGACAAUCGUAGUGGAAUCCUACGUCGUCGACAUACCGCCCGGGAACACCAGGGAGGAGACCUGUACUUUUGUUGAUACUAUCGUACGGUGCAACUUGCAGUCUUUGGCUCAGAUUGCUGAGACUAUGGCUCGAAACAACAACAACAACAACAACACUUGAUCGUAAUUAAUAAUAAUUAAUUAUGGUUAAAUUUGUUCUUAAUAAUUUUUUUUUGGUUUCCAAUAUGGGUGGGAUUGAUCUUCAAUUAAAUCUUAUUGGAAAUUAUAGGUCGGUUUCUCAUAGGUUACACUCAAAACAUGGUAUAUGUAUAUGUAAGUGUUUCAUUUCCUUCUUUGUUUUUGUUUGAGUUCAUAGGGAAGGGAGAUUAAACAUAGUUGAUUGUGAAUUAUAAUUAAUUAAUU